UGAAAAUGUUGAGGAUAAGAGGAAUAAAAAUCUAGUCUUGGAGAUUGAGUGAAUCAUUAGAAUGUCGAACGCCAUAGUGAAUGGGAUUGCCGGAGCUGGAGGAGGGAUUGUUGCCCAGAUCAUCACUUACCCUCUGCAAACGGUGAAUACACGGCAGCAGACUGAGAGAAUUGCUAAAGAGGCCAUUUCUCCAAGUGCAUCAUCACCUGCUCUCAUUCAGAUUUUUCACCUCAUUAGAAGUGAAGGCAUCGGAGGGCUCUACAGUGGCCUCAAACCAUCUCUGCUCGGCACUGCAGCUUCUCAGGGAAUCUAUUACUCUUUUUACCAGGCUUUCAAAAACAAGGCCGUCGCUCUUGCCCUUGCAAAUAAAAGAAAAGGCCGAGGAGAUGGCACUCCAGGAAUGCUUUCUUGGCUUCUUGUGGCUGCACUUGCUGGCUCCCUCAACGUACUCUUCACCAACCCUAUAUGGGUUCUUGUAACUCGUAUGCAGACCUACACUCAAGCAGAAAGGAAAAUUGUGGAGGCCAAAAAGGAAGCUCUGUUGAAGGAAGCAUCACAAAAUGCUCUAUCACAAUCUUCUUUGACCACACAAUUGGCUCAACUUGAUUCCAUAAAGCCUCGCCCUUAUGGAACAAUUCAAGCGGCAUGUGAAGUUUAUAAUGAAUCAGGAGUUGCUGGAUUCUGGAAAGGCAUCGUUCCAACACUAAUAAUGGUCUGCAAUCCAUCAAUUCAGUUCAUGAUUUACGAGAGUUUGUUAAAACACCUGAGGAGUAAACGAUCGGCUAAGAAACAAGGAUCAACCAAUAUAAAAGCCCUUGAGAUCUUUUUAGUCGGGGCCAUUGCAAAGCUAGGGGCAACUGUUUGUACAUAUCCACUGUUAGUUGUCAAGUCAAGACUUCAAGCAAAGCAGGAGAUUGGUGGAAAUCUUUCAUUAAGAUACUCAGGUACAAUUGAUGCCAUCAUUAAAAUGAUACGUUACGAAGGAGUGAGGAGCUUCUACAAAGGGAUGAGCACGAAGAUCGUACAAAGUGUAUUUGCUGCGUCUGUUCUUUUCAUGGUGAAGGAGGAGCUAGUCAAGAUUUAUGAUGCCAUGAGAAGUGUCAAGUGAUAGAUAGCAUUGAGAGAAUCCACAAUUCCUUCUCUUACAUCAAAUUUACAAUGAAGAAAAUGCAAUACAGUAUGAAACUAUAUAGUAUUGUUACCAACUUCAUGUUGCUUCUCACGCAUAUAUUAAUGGUACUUUUGAAGCAAAA